AAAGAUUCGAGUAACACUGCGAAAUUUGGCGUUGACUGGCUUCCCUUUUUCUCCCGUUCAGGCGUUCCCUCCUCGUCUUUUCUCUUCCGUCUUCUUCCGGUAAAGUCCGUCCUUUCCUCCGUUUCCUCCUGUCGCAACUGCCUCAGCUACAGUGUGUGCGGGUUCCGGCGCUAGCACAAGCAAGAGGGCUGUUACGUUAGCUUCAAGUGGUCUCGAGGAAGAGAACUCAGAAGAAACAAGACAAACACUUCAAGGAAAACAAAGUGGAGAAGGCAACUCUGAAGCUGAAGGAGGCAGGAUAACGCAGCAAAAAGCUAGACGAAUUCAAGGGAGAAAGGGAGGGCGGAGGCAAGCGGUGCCGAGGGAAAGAACGGCGAAAAAGAGCGGUGGAGAAUAGUUGAACGUGGAAGAAAACGGGCAUUAUCUGUCUUAUCCUUUGCCCUCUAAUGAGAAUCAGUACACAUCUGCCGCGGUUGUUACGUGUAAGGCACUUCCGGCCUCUCCCUUUUCUACGGCUUUACCUCGGGUUCCUCCGUACACGACUUUGUUACCCCGUUCUUUGGGUUCUCACUUCCGUUCGUCACUCUUCUGAUUUUUCGGCACGACAAGCUCCUUACUUCCUUCCUCUCCCCCUUUCUUUCUUUAAGAACCGGGUCGUGUUGGCUUGGUGAUCUAGUCGCCACUUCCUCGCCAUGCCUCUUCCAACGACCCGAGCUGUGCCGACGUCUCCGCGGCCAACAGCGGCGCCGUUUUUUAAGUCGCCUCACUCUGUUUCAUCUCUUCCUUCUUUGGAUUCCUCCUGUGACUCUCAAGCUUUCUCGGCUGCUGAUCAGGACCGCUCUUCCGGUCUUGCUGCGUCUGCCUCUCCAGCUCCUCUUCCCUCGUUUCUUUCUGACGAAUGUGCUUCGGAAACGCGCUCCUCUCACCCGCUUCUCCCUGUUCCAGCAGUGACGUCCUUACCUUCUCAGAAACACGCAGCUCCCUUUCUCGGAGAAGCCGCCUCAGGUCUUGCCUCGCGGGUCUUCUCGGGCCUCCUCGCUGCCAGCUCUUCCAUCGUCAACACACAAACGCUCAGCCACCACGCGCCUUCGCCUCCUGCUUCUUCUUCGUUUUGCUCACCGUCGAAUUCCUCUUCGGCGUCGUCUUUCUCUUCUUCAGAGCGAGGGGAAAAGAAGCCACCCGCCAGCGUGUUCUCCCGAGCCGCGGCCUGGCUGCCCCAAAGCGUAGGAGGCAGAAGCAGGUCCGACCGGGGUCAAGCUGGCGACCGCUUGUCUGUGGACCUGGAGGCGGGACGAGCCGAAGACGCGAAGCCAGGUCACGAAUCAGGAGCCAGGACAGCGAGAUGGCGCCGCCAAGAAGAGCAGACAGAGGAGUGGAGAGAAGAAGGCCAACCGGGGAAGACCGGCGGCGCAGACCCACGGCGCGCGAAUGAAGAGGACCGUGCUCAAACUGCCGGGGCGGCGGACGUUUCCUCGCCCGGAAGUCGUGUGCCUGAACUCGCGUUUCCCCAGCAAAGUCAGCACAAGGGAGAAAGACGGAGGGAGACAGACAGAAGCAUAUGUGGACCUGUCGAUCCGAGCAGGAGAACGCAUGCGUCACCCAUCGGCUGUCUCUUUUCUCGGCGGCGGCCCCCUUCAGCAGACGACGAAAUCUUCCAAUCGCCUAGAGACCCAUGCGACUCUUCUUCCUCUCUUUGCACGCUCAUGUCUUCCUCGUCUUCUUCCUUCUCUUCGUUGUCCUCGAGCUACGCAUCUGCGUCCUUUUCUUCUUCUCGCACGGGCUUCUCUCCAGUUGAGGCGACAAAAAAGAUGAAACGGAAACCUCCGCUGUCACCUCUCGAAAACGACUUGCUUGUCACCAGCGACGGAAACAGAAGAAGCGCGAGACAGGGAAACGACCAGAGUCCUACCGAGGAACGGGCGAGACGGCGACGAGAUCCAGAAAGUGGAGACGCUAGAAGCGUCGUACACGCGCAAGGCACGACAGACGCGUUCAGCCAAAAACAGGAGACACGGAGACAUGGAACGAGACACCCACAGGGACCGAGAGAAGACGGAGACCGACAUGGAGAAGGCAGACAGAGGCGAAACGCGCAAGACGAGGGAGAGACAAUGAAUAGUUGGGACCCCCCUCGCCGACUGCAUCGCAGCCAGUCGUUUCAAGAGAGUCGUCUCGGUCUCUUUGUCAAUCCUGCGGAGCCGACCCGGAGAACGAACAACGGCCCUUUGGCGGACAUGCACCAUCCGCAGGAGAUGCACAGACAGGCCGAAAGUGAAACGCUCAUUCUCCGGCAAGAGCGGCGACACCUCAUUUGGCUGGAGAACCGUCGUCAGCAAGACAGACAGGAGGAAGGCCUGUUCAGUUUCCGCGCCCUCCGAGGGCGCCCAGGAUUUGCAUGCGAAGGCAGCCGCGAGACGGCAAAUCGCUGCGGCGUGUUUGGCCCUUACCAAACCCAGGAGAAUUCAGAACGCAGUUUCGCUCAUCGCGACCCCUCGGCGGUCCCCACAGACUUCUGCUUUUCUUCUUUCCCUGAACAGAAAGAAGCGUAUCUUGCCUUUUCUGCUUCUUCCGCUCAGUCGAGCGGGCGAAGCGGGACAGUGCCGGUCGCAGCCGCCAGGGAAGAACCCAGCGAGAAAGGCAACGAAGAAUCACAGAAGCUCCGAGAUGGCAGAUGCAUGCGAGACUGUCCAAACGACCAAGAAGGACCAAGAGAAGAAGUUGGAGGAGCGGGCAGCGCAAGAACUGAGUCAGUCAACAGACGGGAUGCGAGGAACCCCACACUCCCGAGAGACCACGGACUCGGAAGAGGGACAAGGGAGGAAGCCGCGAGGAGGCGCCUGGGAAGAUCGGACUCUCCGGGGUGGCAGCCCAACGAUUCAGACCACGAGGGAGAAGAACUGCGGAGAGAAACGUCGGAAGAUCGGAAGAGACGAAGAGUCGCAGAAGGGGAGACGAGCCAGAGCGAGCGGGAGGCGAGCUCUUCGCGGAUCCGCCCUUUGCCAGCUCAGCCGACACAAAAAGAUCGAAACCACGACAGAGAACGUGCAGGGGUACGCAUGCAAGCGGCACUCAAGCGCCAGUAUCUUCCUCCUCUGCCUUCUGUCUCGCAGUCUGCUUUCCCUUCGUCUUCGUUGCGCGACUCGUCGCAGAGACUCGUGUCAGCGCCCAGAACGAAGCGGAGAGACGCUGCUCUUUCCGACCACAUGCGAGGCAGGGAUUUGAAAACGUCUGGGGGAGAGAAAAGAAGAACAACGCGAACAAGCGUCCCCUGCGAGUCUGAAGGAAAACGUGGACCGGAGCGGGAGACGGAUGUUCGAGGCGAGCCAUUUCUUCCGCGAGUCGCGCUGCUGGGGGCUACACGGGGUCGGGAGCGAAGAGCAAAGAUAGAGGAAGAGAGAAACGAGAAGCGAGAGAAGACGCCUCGGCAGAGCCGUAUCGGGAAGGCAUUCUCUCAUGUGUUCCACCCACCUCAGGAAAAGAUGGAGAUCGGAAAACGCGCAGGUAAGCCAGGCCGUUGCCCCUGUCCAGCGACUUUGGCGUCUGCCUCUCGUCAAGCACCGCUUGCCGUUCCAUCCAGGGCGCCUUCUCGAUGGCGCAAUCCAGCGCCGCCUUCUCUUUCAGUAGCCGCUCUACAAAGGUCUGCGUCACGGACGCGGGAGGUGCGCGUCUCGCCGUCCUGUCCUGCUCCGUUCAGUCGUCCUUCUUCGUUGGUUCCCUCUCCGAACUCGUCUUCUCCUUCAGUCGUCGCAGUCUCUUCCUGCCCACCGACGCCUGCUUUCCGUGGCGUUGCUCGGCGCUCUCAGUUUCCCUCUGCAGCUCCGUCUCCUUCAGCGUUCGGCUCUGCCGGAGCCCCGGAAGAGCUGCGAGCCAGCGAACGCACGCGAUCGCCGCACACAUUUCCCUUUGCGGACAUCCCCGGGGAGAACGGGUUCCCGGCUUACCCUCUUGGCGAGGCAAACGCGGCGAUCGGGUGGCCUGGCGCAGGGCGAGAAGAAGCGGCGCAGACCUAUCAAGAGAGCUUCUCUUUCUUCUCGCAUGCGAAGAGAAGCGCAGAUACUUUCACGCCGACCGACGUGCUUUCUUCGCCUCGUUUUGGCAGCCGGAAACAAGAACCUGGCAGGGCAGAGGUCGCUGGAGAAGGGGCGAAGACUGCCCUUGCCUCCGACACAGAGACAAGGAGACACACGGCAUUUUGUGGUCUCAAGGGUGUAACGGGAGGAAGACGAAAAGAGUCGGACCCCGCAACUAAGGUGGGCGAAUCUGAACCCGCAGAGCUGCAGAUUAACGGACGAAGCACAGAGUGCUGGUUCUCGCCUCGCUCGAGGGAGCGCGAGGACGUUGCCGGCGUUGAUGCGCGUCUGUCAGGAUGCUACAAAAGCCAACGGGGGGCGGAGGCAGAAGAGAGAAGAAGCGGGAAGGAGGCGACUCGCCAGGAGGUAGAGAGAGUCGGAGAUGGGACAGGAGAGAAGCGCGAAACCGAGGACAGGAAAGAUGCUCGUCACAAGAAUCGAAGAGCUUCAUUGCCUGAAGAGCCACCUCACUUCGGCGGCUGGGGGUCCAGUGGCCUUAGGAGAAGAGACGGGGGUGCUGCAGAUGCCGGAAAACACAAGGGAGACAACGAAGCAGGAAGAGUGCCGCUCCGACCGUGCCAGCAGUCUGCGGAGCGGAGGACAAGUCAGCGACCGUCGAAAAGCCAAACAGUUCCACUGGCGCCCCGGCCUGGGUGCUGUGGGCGCGAGCCGCAUCCGACGCUGCGCAUGCCUCUUCCGAUAAGCGAUUUGGUUUCUGAAAGGAAGGAGAUACUUGGUCUGUAUCCACCUACCCUCGAUCGCGACUCCGCUGCUCGUGAGUCGUCAGAGUCCGUCGAUGUGUUGCCUCGCGGCGGGCAGUUGAGCUUCGCUAACCCAAGCGCCCAGAAGAAGCAAAUGGGAAAAGAGGAGGAUUCACGGCGACAGGUGGUGAUGGCGCACAAGAGCGGAAACGGCAGGACUGAGGGGCAAAUCACGGCGAGGAAAACGGAAAGUCGACCGUCUUCGCAGACAGACUCUGGACUGUCAGUGUCUGUCCGGACAAGGUGGCUAGGCUCUGCAGCGGAGCAUACUCGCGACGGGGACGAAAACGAAGCAGCAAGAGGCAAACUGCGUGAGGCGAACUGGGAAACAGUGCACCGAAGAAACAGCGGAGAAAGUGCAGCAGGAGAGUGUAAUCGAGAAACGAGUCAGCCUUGCCUGCGCAAGGGAGAAAAUGAAGCGCACCGGAAGAGGCUUCGAUCACUCUCUGUGCGAGUUGCUCACGAGCCUCAGAAACCUCCCUCAGAGAAGACAGAACGAGAAGGUGAAAGCAGCUGCCCGUCUUCCGUUCGGAACGCAUCCGUUCCGUCUACGUCGGCCUUCCCUUUCGCGUCUUCGUCAUCUGCUUGCUCUCCAUCGUCUUCGGUUCCGUCAUCUGUCGCUCUGCUCUCGCCCAACAUGCCGCGAGGGCCGGGAACGAGCCGAGCGGGUGCACGAGGGAGACGAGGAGAGGCGGCGGGGCGAAGCAUCGAAGGACGAAGAGAUGUGCGUGAGAAGGGGAUGAAGUCAUAUGAGGAUGGAAAAGACGGAGACGGCGGCAGAGCAGCUUCUUUCCACGCGAACAGAAGUCAGAGUCGCGACGAGCAAGCACGCUCCAGGCUUACUCGUCCGCCGGUUCCGCCGAGGCGAAUCAGCCAGUCUGUAGGUAGAGAGGAGCGAACACGGGGGGACAUACUAACGCGACAAAGAGAGGACGCGGAACAAGGAAUCCGGAAGACACGGUCUUUGAGUUUCCAGUCUCGACAAUCGGCAACAAAAACGUACUUGAAAAAGCGGUCCAGCGAGACUGCCUCAUGCACGCCUUCUCACGCGCCCUCCCCUUCCUCUUUCCACUCUUCCCACCCUUCUACCUUUAUCUCUUCCUCUUCUUUCUCUUCUGCAUGCGCCUCUGCGUCUGUUCCACCUGCCUCUUCAUGCUCUGCUCUACCGCCUGUCCAGAAGCACCGGAUUCAGGUACUGCAGAAGGCAGGUCUGCCGCCUGCUCCCCGUUCUUCGAAUUCAGUGCCUUGCCCUUCUUCCACUUCAUCGCAUCGGCCCUCUGCUGGCUGUCGGGCGCGCCGACCCCUUGCCGCGGUCGUUCAGACCGUGGCUGCAUCUUCGUGUUCCAAGAACGCGUCGCUGACUUCUUCCCAGCGUCCGUCUUUCUCCCACAAUGUCUCCUACUUGGAGUGGCUCUCGCAGAGCGGCUUCGAGGUAGGUUCCUCGUCCCCCGCGUGGACGGGGGAUGAGGAGAAGCAGAACACGGGAGAGAAGAGACAGGCUGGAGGCGCGAGUGGAGGGAGCGGCGACGCAGACGGACGCGAGGGCACUGGAGACGGGGACGCUUCUUCCGCUCUACAGAGACAGGCGACGGAUAGGGAGAAGGCGAAGUCAGCAGAGAGAGCAGCGGACGAAGGAGAUGCAGGCCAAAGGAAAACAAGUCGUGGGGACGAGCUGGCAGAGAAAAGAGACGGCGCCGGAGGGGUCGGACCGCAGAUGGCCGCGCCCGUGCAUGGAGCAGAAGACAGAAAGGGGUUAGGAUUCGAGGAGGAUCCCAGAGAUAGAACGCGGACAGGCACAAAAGAAACGACGCCCGCCAUCAGAACGGAACCAAGAAUAGAAGACUUCUGUGCGGACGGAGAUCUGCCGAUCGGCUGCGGCCGCACCGGCACAGUCCACCGCGCCCGCUGCAUCGGAGGGCCCCUGCUGGAGGACCUUCUGCGCUUCCACAGCCGCACGCGACGCCACGUUGCUUCUCGCUCCUUUGCACAGGGACAAGAAAAGGCACGAGAGGAGCGCGAACGCACAGACGAAGACGCAGGAGGCGGAGCGAGAACCAAGAGGGAAGACAGGAGAGAAGAGGGAACGAGCAGAGGUGGAGGCGAGAGAGAACAUGGACGCGAGAAUGCGAGAGAAGAAGAGACCGCGAGGAGGACAGAGAAAGAAGAAGGAUUUUCGGAAAACGACACCGUCGCUGCCGUCAAGGUUCUCUCCAAGGCGAACAUUGCCCAAAUGCGAAUCCGAGAGCAAGUCAAGAAAGAGCGCGAUAUCCACCUGGGUCUCGAGCACCCGAACAUCGUCCGCUUCUUCAGCAGUUUCGAAGACGACCAACAACUCUACUUCGUUCUCGAAUAUGCCAAUGGCGGGACCCUCCGCGACCGGCUGAAGCGCUGCCACCACAUUCAGGAGACGGAAGCUGCCCACCUCAUUUUCCAGCUUGCCGAUGCGCUCUGCUAUCUUCAUGGAAAAGGCAUUAUCCACAGAGAUCUCAAACCUGAAAAUCUCCUUCUUCACUUUGACGUAGAGGAAACGCAGUCUCUAGAUUCCUGUGGACCUGACGUCGAAACCGGGAGUCAACGUGCGACCGUAUGCGGGCACAUGGCAAGUCGCUUGACUGCUGUGCGGCCAUCUUCGCUCUAUCGCUUCGGCCAACUGAAAAUCGCUGACUUUGGCUUCGCUUGCUACUGUCCGUCUCCUCAUAGCGGAGACGCGAGCGACAUCGAUACACGCACAUCGUCUUCCUCUCCGUCUACGCCUUCACCAUCUUCUUCGAAGCUGCUGUCUGCGACGCACAAGCGAACGACUUUCUGCGGGACGGCAACCUAUCUGGCUCCGGAGAUAGUUCGCAAAGAACCGUACGACAUGCGUAUUGAUCUCUGGUGUCUCGGCGUUUGCCUCUACGAGCUUCUUAUGGGACAGCCGCCCUUCCUAGGGGAUUCAAAGGAGGCUCUUUUCAAUCAGAUAUGCGAGCUCACCGACCUCCCCUUCCACCCGACGAUCUCUCACGAGGCUCGCUCCCUGAUACUCCGUUUGUGCAGCAAACAAGCAGACGAACGGCCCAGUGCGGCAGAUGUGCUAACGGACCCGUGGAUUGUCCGUUUUCUAGGCGUGAACGAUAUCGAGAAAGGAUGCAGACUCGCGAAAAACGAACUUUCUAAAAAACGCCUGCCUUCACGCUCCCUCCAUCAGGACUGUUCUAGUCUCUCUCACCUCAGCAGCCAUACGCACCUUCCUGCAUUUGAACGCGAGUGAUUCAGGGCACGAAAAAGUGGAAACGCAACUGCCUCACGAAUGAGUGAAUAUAUAUAUUUAUAUAUACACAUGUAUGUACGUGUAUUCACAUCCAUACUGGAAAAGAACUGACGUAAUGACAGACCAGCAGGAAGUUGCGUCGACGUCGAACUUGUCUACGGCUUGGUUCAAGCCGACCACUGCGGGAUAUUGGGGAAAUUUGAGAACGUAAUAAACUCAUGUGUGUGUAUGGUGGCGACCGCGAACAAGGGGG